UCCCGUUUCAAUGAAUUAUUAUUAUUUGGGCAAUGCCGUUGCAGACCACUGUGGCGAGGUUCGCGAGCACACCCAACCUCACGCUAUCAUUACCACAAUCCAAAUUCCAAAACCCUAAAUGCUCCUUUUCUCCUUAAUCUCCAUCCACUUUCUUCAAUAACACGUUUCGAUUUCAUGUCUGCUCCCGCUGAUGAGAUAUCCAAUCUCGUUAAUGGUAGUGUUGCCGAUGACGAUGAAGACGACGACGACGACGACGAAGGAGGACGCAGCGCUGCUGCACCAGCAAGAAGAAGAGGAGGUGGAUUUGGCAAGGCAAAAGAGAUGGCGAUGCAUCAAUUCACGAAAGCCAAGACUCAAUUGCGCAGAGUCAGAAGCAGGAGGGCUCUGCUUCGAUCAUCGUCAUCGUCAACGUCUUCUGCGAAUGCAAGUAGAAGAGGCUUUUCCGGUAAGGAAACUAGUGUUAGAGGCACCGAUGAUUAUUAUAACGGAAGUAAAUGCAAGUUUUGUUUUUCGCGUCCGAGAGUGUUGGAAUCCCCUGAAGAAGGUGGAUCUUCUGUCACCAGUGAUCCCAAUGACCCGAAAUUCAUCAAUGCAAUGUUGAGGCUCUUGAUAGAGAAGAAUGAUUUCCAUUCCAAAGAAUGCAAUCCACACAUGAAUUGACACUUGAAAGGUUCAGUUCCUUUCUGAACAUAAACAUUGAUCGUUGAUGCUGCUGUUAUUCUUGUUGUGAUCUCUGAGUUUGUUGUAUCAAUUAUUUGAUAUUUAAUUUGCUGUGUUGUGGUGCCCUGCUAUGCGAAAAUGGUUGAAAUCAAAAGAAUUUGGUUGCUACACUUUUGGAUGAUGAAUGGAUUUGGAUGGAAAGGUUUAGAGCAGUGUGGUCCAAGAAGUUGUGGGCAUCACAAGGCACUUGCCGCCAUCAUUCAGUGGUUACAGAUUGAGGAUUAAUUUAGAACAGGUGAGUGUACAUUGGGAAUGAAAAUGUUUACUUAUAUAGAUAAAAGAGGUUGCUUGAUAAAUUGCUGGUAACUAGAUUCUUUGAGAUUCUGGAAGCUUGUGCUUUUCCUCAAAAAGAGAUAUGGUGCUGUACAUAGUCAUAGUAAUAUUGAAUUUUGAACCCCGUCAUUUUUAAUUAUGUCUUUUUAGCUCUUAGGUCUCCUUCAUUGGUUUCAUGUACUGUGGAAAAAUAUUCAACAUGUCAAAUUAAACACAGGCUUUAGUUCGUCUCAUUAGUUUGCUUUUGACCAGAAGUCAUCCUGUUUUGCAAAACUGCAUGUAUUUGUUAAUAAUCAAUUGCUUUUCUUGCAUUUUUUUCUAAUCACUUUUUAGUUCUGAGUGUAUCAGUUUUGUGUUUCAUCUUAUGACAGUUUGUCUACCUUUAACGCAGCAGCUCUUAUGUCACUUUUCAUGGAGCAGGAUAGAAAGUAGAAACCCUUUUAUUUUCAUUGUGUAGCGACUACAUUAUUGAAUCAUGAUGUAUCAACCAUUAUUGGAUUGAAUUGAAUUUUUAA